AUUACAAUACUCAACUUGACGGUUAAAAAAUAUCUAUCUUCAACCUGACCGCCUAUCUUAAAAAAUAUCUAAUCUUAAAAAAAAAGUUGUCGUUAUCGUCGAAGUUGUAAUCGCGAGCCUUUUCUGGCCAAUCGCCCCAACUCUCCUUCUCCGAUGUUAUCAAUUUAACGUUUUUUUUAUCUUCUCUCUCUUGUACUCUAUAAGUAAAGGGAAUUAUAAAUUCAGAGCAACUUAGAAAAAUUAAAUAAAUCAAAUGCAUUUUUGAAAUAUUCUGAGAUUUCUCAAAAAAAUUUUCCGUCGCUCAUUUUGUUCUGCAAUUGCCGCUAAAUCGAUCGAGUUUCGGGGAAAACCAUUCUUAUCAGUGAUGGUGGAUGGAAGCAAAAAUUUACCAGUCAACAUUUCAUGCUUUGAGUUGAUUAAGCCAAGCUUUGAUGAGACCAACCGCCAAUGUUCUAUCGAUGUCUUGCCUAUUCUAAUAGAGGAGACUUCAUCUCCAGUAAGAGAAAAAUGCAGCUUAAACGCUUCAUAUGGCCAGGAUGUCUAUAGUAUUUCUGUGUUGCCAGAGGAAGGAAACAGAAGUCCAAAAUCUACACCACAGUUAACUUUUUUGAGCCUCUUAGAAGUUCCUUUUUCAUCUAAAAACCAGAUGUGUUUGGAUGCGCAAUUGAGUUGCCAGAGCUGCACGGAUUUGAAAGUGGAUAGCGAAGAUGUUUAUUCAUCUUGCAUUCUGGAUAUAAACAUGGAGAAAGAGACUCCCAACAUACUUAAAUACAGUGAUGAAACUGUUGGAAAUUCAAAAAUUGAAGGUUUAGUGACAAAGGUGUUGCAGAGACAAGCAAGCUUAAAUUUAGACAAAUCAUCGACUGAGAGGGUUCAUGAUGCACCAACGAACAGAUGGAGAAGAUACAAACGGGCUACAUCAUUUGAUUCAAGGAAAAUAGUCCUCCUUUUCUCGAUCUUGUCAAGUGUGGGGACAUUGAUAUUGAUUUAUCUGACGCUGAGAGUCAGACAAACUAUUGAUGGGUCCAAUCAUGUCUAGCACAUCUGCUUUCAUCACCUUCCACUUCAUGCUUGAGCAUGUUUUUCUUGAAAUUUCUUGAGAACUAGUGUCUUGAGAACAGCUGCUUCAAGUUUAGCAUUUUAAUGUCAAUAUUUUUUUCAUCAUUUUUUAUUUUUGAGUUUCACUGUAAAUAUGACCAGUGGUUCAGCAAUGCAGCAUCUCUUAUCAUUUGCCAAGAGAGUUUACAGAACUGGAGAUCGAAAAAAUGUGGUUUUAACUUGUGGUUAG